GACAAAAUUCUGUGGAGAAACCACGCUUGAUGCCAAAACACGUUGUCAGUGUUUUCUUCCCCAGGCUCCUGUCAAAAGAUUGGGUACCAAUACAAUUUUAUUCCCAGUCCACCCCUCUAGUUUUGAGUUCUAAACUAAUCCAAAAUGGAGGGUUCUUCCGAUAAAUCCCGCUACGAAAAAAAGAUCGAAAGCAUUUUGUCCCAGCUUGUCACGCGCUACAACCAUUGUGUCAUGGAGCAUCCGAUAUUGACGAAGAGCGUCACAAGGUGAUGAAAAAUGUGUUACUUUUUUACGAUUCGCAUAUUCAGUCGCUCAUAUAUAAGGACUCUAAAAUUGAAUCACCUUCCACUCAAUAAGUUUCCUAGGUUUCAUGUAGAACCGAACAACAUCGAUUGUACAUUGAGGUAUUGGACCAGUCUUAGCCACAAGCAGCAUGAAAUAUAAGGAAUGCGUGCAACGUAUUCGUGCUUGGUUGCAGUGCUGGCUCUCGGUUUUACAGCUAUAUACUGCGUGCGAUGUAAUGACAUAAUUCUGCCUGUGCGCUCGUACAGUUAUCCCGCGAGCAGGAGAAAACUUUCGGCUCGAGGAUACAUUAGCCUGCACUUGUCAUUCUCUGAAGACUAGCAUGUUGCCGACCUGAUUUGAAAGCAUAAUUUAUCCCUUUAACUUCUGAGAUCUGAAUCUCAAUUCUCCCUCUCCAGCUGGACAACUGAACCUCUCAUAGAUAUAGUUAAAGCAUUCUAAUGCGUCAUUUCAAAAUUUCCAUCUUUACAGUGGCCUUACAGCUGGGCUUGGCAAUCUUGUCUCUCAAAAGAUUGUCAAACGAGGGACAGGUGGACUUGUUGAGUACCGACCUGUCAUAGCCUUUGCCGCAUUUGGGUGAGUACCAUGUGAUUAAUAGCAAUGUUCAUCCUCAAUACAAGAAGUAGAGGAGUUACCCUUUACACCCUAACAUCAGUAUCCAUAUCCUCCAAACUAUUUUCCAUACAUUUCUUUUGGUACUGACAAGGAGAGUUUAACAAUCAAAACUUCCUAGGUUGGCAAUCAUUUCCUUCGUUAUCAUGACUGUAAUGAAUGAUUCAGCUGUGUAACUGUAAGGAGAAAUUAGGUGCUGAUCAGAGUGGCUAUCCUUUAAUUUUCCACAAACAUUCAUACAUAAGCAAGCAGACAGGUGACAAGAAAAUCGAAAAAUAUCAGGAAGGGGAAAUUGUUGGAUUUCCUUUUGUCAAAGAGCCAAAUUAUUUUUUCUCUUGUUUUCUCCUCUUUCAUAACAGGUUUUGUGCAACUGGUCCUCUCAUACACUAUUUCUAUGAGGCUUUGGACAAACUAGUACCUAGGCAGGUUUCCUAUGCAAAAGCCAAAAGAUUGUUUGUUGACAGAGGCAUAUUCAGCCCUGUGUUUUUGUUGGUGUUCUUUUAUGUUGUUGCAAUCCUAGAGGUAAGCUUAUUCUGCAGUUAUGUUGUAUAGGGUUAGUUAUUUAAAAUGUCAGGGCCAGACCCUUUCAAUAAGUGCAACUAGUAAUUAAGACCUCUUACAACUGAGUUUCAAGGUUCAUAUUGUAAGUUUCAGACCCAGUUUUUUCUGCUCAAUGGCCCAAGCACGAAGUGUGUAGGCCAUACUGUAACUUAUGGUACAGACCCAGAAACAAGGGUAAUGAGACAUUUAUUACAUUCCUGUGUUCAAAUAGAGCAGUUAGAUUUCACUUCAAACAAACUUUGAAUUGAGUGAGCUGUAUAGUGAAAUUCUGGUCCAUUAAAUCGACCAGUUAUGGCCCUGUGAAGAUUCAGUUCAUUUUUCUCACUGAAAUGAAGAACAAAAAUGGUCUAAAGUAAUAAGUAGGCCAUACAGAAGAAUACAGCCUACUAAAUUAACUAAUCGCAAUGUAUAUGUUAAAUGAGAGAUAUGAAAAACUCAGAAUUAGAUUAUAUUUAGUUUAAGAAAUUAUAAUCCAGACUGGAUCCAGUUAGGCUGUGCAAAGGGCCGCAUUAUUAGUCCCUUGGUACAAAGGUUUCUUUGCCUGUGUGAAAAUAUGAUGUCUCAAGGGAGUCAGCGAGAGGUCUGGCAGGGGUGUCACACUGAUUAUCUGUGCCAGAACCCUGGAAAACCUCUUCAUGACUCCUCUCAAAUCUACUUGUAGGCAGAGAAAGGUGUGUCUUGUAAAUACAUGUAAUGAGAGCCUGCUCCUAGGUUAGGAUCCAGUUACGUUUUCUUUUUUCUUGCUUCACUCCUGAUCAAAGAAGAUGGCAAGGUCUUGACUAUGAAGGGCUUUUUGUUUCGUUGUGCACAGGGGAAGUCUCAUAGAGAAGCAAUAAUGAAAAUACGCGAGACUUACUGGACGGCACUGAAAAUGAGUUGGAGAGUGUGGAUUGUGUUUCAGUAUGUCAAUCUCAACUAUGUACCCAGACAGGUAAUGAAAAUUUAUUAUUACUGGUGAUAUUAGGAUCAGCUAAAUCCUUGUUCAAACUCCAAUUGGGAAUGGCACAUAGGUAAAGUCUGUACGUGAGGCAAGUGGUCUAUACAGCAGCAACUUAUCCCAGUUUCUGUAGCAAGAAGUCGUAAAACUUCCCCCCCCCCCCCUGGAUGGGAUGCCAGUCUUGCCAGUGUUUUGUCUUGCUCAAGAACACAACACACUGUCCCAGCCAAAUCUCUAGCCCAGACCUCUUGACUCAGAGUCCAGUACAUUAACUCUUUUCACCUUAACAUCAGUGUGCAUAUUCUCCAUACUGUUUUCUAUACAUUUCCAAGGGUGCGGACAAGGAGAAUUUAUGUAAAACAUCAAGAGCUUUAUAAGUUGGUGAUCAUUUCCUUGAUUCUCGUGACCAUAAUGUUUGAUUUAGGGAUGAUUUGUAAGGAGAAAUUAGAAGCUGGUCACUCUGAGGAGUCAAAGGGUUAACUGUUAGGCUAUUGUGUCUCCCACAGAAACUAUAGUCAAAGCAUUAAAAAUUAAAUUAAAAAAAGGAAAGGACAAGAAACAGAGGAGAAAAGGGAACAAAAGGAAAAUAUCAUUAAACUCUUUAUCAAUAUCUUUACCAUUUAACUUCCCUGAAGUAACAGCCCUAUAGCUUAUUAUGUUCAAUGGUUAUCAACUUAUCUCCCCUGCCUGCUUGAAAAUGGCAAGUUUGUAUGCAGCAAUGAGUCCUAUGAGGUGGAAUUUAUAAAUAAUCAAAUGGUUUGAAAUUUGUGUUUUUAGUAUAGAGUUCUCUGUGGAAACCUGAUGGCAUUUGUUUGGAACAUCUACUUGGCAAGCAAGCGUGCACAGAAGUCAUAAUUCAUAAGUCAUAAUAUAGGGAUAUGAUUUAAUAUAAUAUUAUUACAUUUUGGGUUCAUCAUAUUUUUUUUUUAGAUGCUCUUACCAAUAUUUUAGAUGAGUGAAUUGAAUGAGAUGAUAGGAAUUAUGAUAUUAUAGUCAUUGACAUCAGUACUUACAUAAUUGAUGAUUUAAACAUAGAUCGUAAAUGUUUCAUGUGUGUUUGUUGUGUAUUAAUCCCAAAUGGUGAUUGUGACCUGUACACUAUUUAAGUGGUAGAUAUGGCUAUCUUUCAGGAAGCCUGUUUAUUUUUAUACCAAGUAAAUUAAAUGCUUUGUUAGAUAACGCUAAAGCCAAAACAAGUGGUAAAGCUGUGGGGAAAAGUUUUGAAUUUUUCGUUGAUCUGUCAAAGUUGGCUGAAAACAGAAUUAUAUAUACUAAGAGAAACUGUAAACUGCAGUUAAGAAGUCUGGUUGAUGCCUCCAUUUACACCUGGAGAAGUUGGUGGUCAUAUAAUUGUGCAUAUGUUCACUGAACAGAGUGAUAGUAACUUCUUACUUACCAAGCUUAAGGGCCAUACUGGGGGUAUUGGCACGAGGUUGUGGAAGUACUUAAACCUUAGUGCAAUAUUCCCCAGUAUGGCUCAAGCAAGUGAGGUUAGUGAGUAGUCUACAAUGUGGCUCUUAAACCAAACUUGUUUAUUUUGAAUUUGCUGGCUUUUGAGAACAAAGAUACAGGGCUUAGGACUGUUUUGUAGAAAUGGUUCAUUUGGUAAGAUUUUGACCAACUAUUGAUUUAUGUAAUAACAUUGAAUUUUGCAUGACUCAUGCUUUAAGAUGAUUUCCAAGUAACUGACUUGUGCUCAGUUGUCUUUUAUGCUCCUUUUUAGUUCCUUCUUAGUUCCUUUUUCCUUCACAAGUGUGAUGCACUCCUCUCUCUCCAUAGGAACCAAAUUUAUUUCUCCUAUACAAGCACUAAGUGCACAAUUAGACUUGUUUGUUUCAGUUAUGAGGAGGAACAAUUUUGUCACCAAAAAGUUCAGGACAUUAAAUUUUUACUCUGCAGAAAAUUAAAAUACUGGAAAGGUUUGAAGAUGUUUCUUUGAAUGAUCUGGGUGACAUGUUUUGAUUUUCAAGAACAUGUAACAACCCCAACAACCAGGCUGGUCAUGAUUUCAGACUUGCAGACCAACAGUCCAUUUUAUAGUUACGUGCUUGGUUGCUAAGCCUUUGAACAGGAGUGAGGCUAUGGGUGACCUUGCUAUGAUACAAACCCUGCUACUUUUCAAAUGUAAAUGAUUUUGUUAUCAUGCUAACUAGAUACUGGUCUCUAUUACAACAUGGCCAACUUCAGCCUCACUCCAAAUCAAAGGUUAGGCAAGCAAGUACACAACUGUAGAAUGGCCUAUUAGAGACAACUGGGUAUCAGUCUAUAAAUACUUUUUAAAAAAUCACUUAAAUAAUUUUAACAAUUAUGUUUACAUAGUAGAGCAGGUAAUUUAGUGUUAACAACUGGGUUGAAAACGUAAAUUAGCCACCGUAAAGGGUAAAAAAGCUGACGUUUCGAGCGUUAGCCCUUCGUCAGAGCGAUCGACCCUUUACGGUGGCUAAUUUACGUUUUCAACCCAGUUGUUAACACUAAAUUACCUGCUAUACUCUCCCACUGACGCAGCACCACAGUUUCUUUAGAAACUUACCCCUUUAUUCAUUUU